UAAAGAGUUUCUGACUGGUUUGCCCCUUGUGACAUCACAGGUAAUGGGUACCAAUUGGCAAGGAUGAAUGGGGCAUGGAAGUUUCCAUCAAAGAAGAUUCCAAAUAUUGCUGGGAGCGGAUUUCAAAGCAAGGGAAGACCUGGAGUUUUAGGCAUUUUAGUCGAACUAUGGAGGAACUGGUUCAUGAUCUUGUAUCAGCCCUAGAGGAGAGUUCAGAACAAGCCAGAGGCGGAUUUGCAGACCCAGGAGAUCACUCUCGAAAUAUGACUUGUCCACUGAAACGUCAGGCAAGGAAAAGGAGAGGGAGAAAACGACGGUCAUAUAAUGCUCAUCCACCUUGGGAGACAGGCCACUGUUUAAGUGAAGGUUCAGAUUCCAGUUUAGAAGAACCAAGCAAGGACUACAGAGAAAACCAUAAUAACAAGAAGAAAGAUCACAGUGACUCUGAUGACCACAUGUUAGUAGCAAAGCGCAGACCAUCAUCCAACCUAAAUAAUGUUAGAGGUAAACGACCCUUAUGGCAUGAGUCAGAUCUUUCUGUAGAUAAUGUUGGUAAUAGAACUCUCCGUAGAAGAAGAAAGGUGAAACGUAUGGCAAUAGAUCCACCAUCUGAAAUCUCUAACCCACUAACACUGACCCAACAGCAUGAAAAUAGAGAUCAAGAAAUGGACAAUGACUAUAAAGCUUACCAACACCAAGAAUUCAGUAAAAACAAAAUUAAAAAAAGAAAAUUAAAAGUCACUAGACAAGGACUAAAAAUCCAAGAUGAUGGACUGGUUUGGGAAAGUGAAGAUUUGGUCCAAGCUAAUAAGGAUAAAAUGGAAUAUGAAGAACAAAAAGGCUCAGAUGAAAUCAUGAGUGAAAGUGACUCCAGCAGCCUCAGCAGUACUGAUGCUGGUUUGUUUACCAAUGAUGAGGGAAGACAAGGUGAUGAUGAGCAGAGUGACUGGUUCUAUGAAAAAGAGUCAGGCGGGGCUUGUGGCAUCGCAGGAGUCAUUCCCUGGUGGCAGUCUGAAGAGUCUACAGAAUUAGGAAAAGAAUUACCAGAUCCGGUCUUUCAAAGUAUCUUAAGUGGUUCUUUUCCUCUUAUGUCACCUUCAGGCAGAAGAGGUUUCCAGGCUAGACUCAAUCAUCUACAUGGAAUGCCCUCAAAGAACAUCAAAAAAUCUGGAGGAACUUCUACUGCAAUGGCUACAAACUGGACCAGUGAGAUUCCCCUAUAAACCAAAUCUUCUAAUGCUAAUUAAUUAGAUAUCGUUUUGAACAUCUGGGGAAUGACAUUCGAGGGAACCUGUCUCCUGUCCUCUUCCCUGGAGAUAGACUAUUGAAGUCAGAGCCUGUCUGGUGGAAAGAUGAGAAUGUUUUUGCUCAAGGACUGGUAUUCUUUCCUUUCAGUAAGAAAUGAAUCAGAUUGAGGAGCUUUAUUAGUAAUUUAGCUUGAGCAUAAGAAGAGGUAGAAGCUAUCAUAAAUAAAUUUAUAUUCUUUUUAUUCCACAUUUUUUUCAAUACUUUUUUUUAUAAAGUUUUUUAUUUUCAAAACACAUGCAUAGUUUUCAGCAUUCAAUCUUACAAAAUUUUGUGUUCCACAUUUUAUUUUCCCUUACCCUCUCCCCUAAUGGCAAGUAAUCCAAUAUAUGUUUAACAAAAAUUAUCAUAAUUUUGUUUUGGAUUGAGGCAAUUGGGAUUAAGGGGAUUGCCCAGGAUUAUAAGUGUUAAGUAUCUGAGGCUACAUUUGAACUCGACUAGUAAAAGAAUAAGCAGUAUCUAUCAGAAUUAUUCCAAGUGAAUUGUGACUAAGUAGUGCAUUGGCAUUCAUGGUUACAUAUUGGGUGAAGAAGUUUAACCAAGAUUGAUCAUAAUUUCUGAGUUCUCAUUGUAUUUUCAAAAGAGGAGUAAAUAGGAAUUCUCUUUUUUAAAAUAAAUUUCACAUUUUACAUAAAAUGUGCAUUCUAUUUGAAUUAUUGGCUUUUUUAUCUCUGUUUUUUGAAAAAAUAUUAUAAAGUAUAGUAUUGUUAUAUUAUUGAAGUAGUCCCAGUUCUUUUUUAGAUCAUAGAGUAUAGUUUAGAAACCAUCAGCCUAGAGAAUGUUGAACAUUAUCUAGAGCUAUCAGUUUUACUUUUUAUCUUAAAACUGAUUUUUUAAACACUAUUUUUUAAACAACUUUGUAAAACCAGUACUGCCCUUUCCCAAAGAGAUUUUUGGAAUGAAAACUACUCUUCAAAUAUUACAGAUUUCCAGAAAAUGUUGACUUAGAAUAUUUAAAAGCAUUAUGUAAACUAAUUUUCACCAAGUUAAAAAAGAGUUAUCAUUUGUGAGUUAGUAUAUCAUCAUUUUGUUCAGCAUAUAGCAGCUUGCAUAAUUAUAGCUGUAAUUGCAUCAAGGUGAUUAACAUUAUUAAGUGCCAACAAUUUUUAGUAAUCAUUUCUUUAAUAUAUAUUUUUAUGUUAUUUUAUACUUGCAUUGUCAUAAUUUAGAAGUUAAGAUCAAUUGAACUAUUAAUUGAAAUGAAAUUUAAAUUGAAAUAGCCUUUACCUUACCCUUUAUUACAAGGAAAAAAAUUUUAGCAUUUACAAUGUUUCAGACUGAUUAACAAUCAGUCACCUUUUUUGCUUGUGGAGACUGAGUACAGUUGAAUCACCAAUGUAAAGCUGCUCCUGCAACUGGAUAUUUUUGCUUUUGCUUAUCUAAGGUGAACACUAAUAUUUUAAAAUUAAUACAGGUAUUUAUAGAUAAUGUGGUUUUGAUAAUUGCAAUCUAUUUUGUGUAGACCAUUAUGUGUUAUAGACUGGAAAUUCAGAUAAUUACUUCUGAAUUUUAUAUAUAUAUAUAAAAUUUUUGUAUAAUGAUUGCUUUUCAGAUAUGAAUAAGACACUUUAAAACCUUGACCUAUGAACUUUGCCUUACUGAUCAUGAAUCGAGAUGAAUGCUCUGUAGUUCUUGGUGCAGUUCUACCUAUUUUUAUUUUUGGUUCACUGCUUGCUUGAGCAUAGCUGGGAUUUGUAGCCCAUUUUCUAGGCUUAUUGCAAUCUCACUCUGGUAUUUUAUAGGAGCUAUUACAACUGAUAGGUUAGCUUCAUGCUAUUGAUGAUACAUGGCUUAACUAUACUAAAAGCUGCCUUCCCUCUCUAAAUUGUAAAAAGGUGAUUAAGUUUCAGUUGAUGGAGAUAUACUGUAUAUAUGUGUUUAUAACGGGACUGGUGCAUUAGGUCAUAAACUGUUUCCCUGGCCCAUUUUUUUGUAUUCAAAAUUUAGCUGAAGACAGUGGCUGCUUCUUUUACUUUUUAUCCCUUCUCUCAUUUGUAAGACAUCCUUUUGACAGCUUCAGAUGAUAUAAUUUUCUUUUUAAUAAAAUGCCUAGUUUGGAAAAGAAAGUUCUGAGUUCAGAUUCAUGAAGAUAUCUUAAUAAUAUUAAUGGUUCCAUAAGAUUUUACCCAGUUUUUAUCAUUUAAAAACUCAAAUAUUUGAAAAAUGAAGGCAUGUGGUGUAAUAAUCUAUGUAAAAUAUGAUAAAUUCCCACACCAAAAAUAAAUUUGCUUUUAGAAAGACAUUUCUGAAUAAAGCUAAACAUAUGUAGCACUGAUUCAUUGAACAGAAUGACACCUGAUUCUAUUCAAUCAGUGGUUGCACAGGCUAAAUGAGGAUUUUUAUAAGUUAUUAUCACAGUUCCUAUGGAAGGUAGAGGAAAAAUUUUUGACUAUCAUUUUAAUAUGAAACAGAGCUUCCUAACCUGUGGUUCAAUUUCAAGGGAGCUGUGAACUUUCAUGGUGAAAAAUUACAUCUUUAUUUUCACUAACCUUUGGUUUCCUUUGUAAUCCUAUAUCUCAUUUUAUGCAUUUUAAAUCAUUCUAAUAAUGUAGAUUUCACCAAGCUAACAAAGGGGUCUAUGGCACAAAAAAAAAAAGGUUAAAAGACCUCCUAAUGUAAAAUAAAGCAUAUUUGAGCAUUGGUCAACAAAGGGAUAGGGGGAAUUUUGUAGUUAUAGUAAAUAUUACUCACUUAUAAUAGUUAACAUUUAUAUAGUUCUGUAAGGUUCACAAAGUACCAUUAUGUGCUAAGCUCUGGUCAUUUGUGUUUAUUUGGGUAAGCUUCACCCAUAUCUCAUUUGAAUCUUAUCUUGAUUAUAAACUAUGCAGAAUUAUUUUGAUAAAUAUCAGAUUGAAACUCUAUACACUGGCUUGUCACAAUACAACUUUUAUUUUAUACCAGAAUCUUCUUAGAAACUUUUAUUUCUUUUUUUGUUAUUUAUGAAGUUAUUCAUUUGAAAUAACAUCCAUAUUAUCAUGAUUUUUCUUCAGAUAGAUCUGAGUUUUAAAAUACCAUAUAAAAAGAAAAACAAAAUAACAUGUAAAUAAGAUGGAGUAUGAGUAAACAGGGAGUUCUGAGUGUUAUAAAUUCAGAAGAUAAGUAUUAUUCUUAUUACAUUAAAGUUUGGGCUAACAGGAACCCAGGGAAAUAGAAUACUCAACUAAUUGUUCCCUUUCUCAUUCCACACCAUAUUUUUAGAGGGGAGGGUAAGGGAAUGGAAUGAGCAUUUAUAUAAUACUUUUUGCAAGACACUAUCCUGAGGGAUUUAUAAAUAUUUACCUCAUAAAUACAUCUCUGAAUAUUAUCUUCAGUUUUUAAGUAGAACUCUUUAUAAAUAUUGAUCCUCACAGUAAUCCAGUGAGAUAAGUCCUAUUGUCAUCCCCAUUUUAUAAUUGAAGAAACAGAGGCAAACUGAGGUUAAGUGACUUCAUUGAAAACCAACCUACUUUAUUAGAAACUUCCAGUUCUUUUUAUAGCUAUAGAUAUAGCGAAUACUCAUAUAUGUCAGGCUCUCAGUCUGUUAUCCUAUGAACUUGAUAAAUACUAGACCUCUUCCUUUUUUUGAUCAUGUGUCUAUAUUGGUAGUUUUAUGACAUUAUUGGUAAUAAACUUUGGCCUAUUUAUACACACUAUUUGUCUUUCUAGAGCUUCGUUGUUAGGAUAUUUUUUUUAAAUGAAGUUUUAAGUGAUAUGUGAAAAAAUAUAUUUAUAUUAAAUAAAAAUUGAAUAAACAUGUUUCAACCAGA